AUGGCAUCAUCCAUGAAAGCUAUCCAAAUUAAGAAUACAGGUGGUGUGGAGGUUUUGGAACAUGUUACUAUAGAGCGUCCUAAAAUUACUGAACCGACUGAUGUGUUGCGUAAAGCUCAAAUUGUUGGUAUUUCAUUAGUACCACUUAUCAUUAAAUCUGAUGAAUAUGUUUUUUUUGGUAGAACUGGACUUUAUAAACUUCCGCUUCCUGCAGUAAUUGGUCGGGAAGGUUCUGGUGUUGUAGAAGCAGUUGGUGAUAGUGUAAAGGACAUCCGGCCUGGAGAUCAUGUAGCUUACAUGAGUUCAUCAUCUUAUGCUGAAUUUACAAUUGCGCAUUCAAAACAUGUUGCUAAAGUACCAAAUGAUCUCGAUUUGAAGUUGGUUGCUGCCUCUCUUCUUCAGGGCUUAACUUCUUGGAUCAUGGUAACUCAGUCUUAUGAAGUGAAAAAAGAUGAUUAUAUUCUUAUCCAUGCAGCUGCAGGUGGUUGCGGUCUUCUUCUUGUGCAACUCGUGAAAAAUUGUGGUGCUCACGCAAUUGGUACCGUCUCUAAUGAUGAGAAGGCUAAAUUAGCUAUUUCAGCUGGUGCUGAACAUGUAAUCAAUUAUUCUAAUCAGAAUGUUGUUGAGGAAGUCAUGCGGAUUACUGAUAAUAAAGGUGUACAUGCUGUUUUUGAUGGUGUGGGCAAAGAUACUUUCGAAACAUCUCUAGCUUGUGCUCGUCGUUUAGGGUCGGUGAUUUCAUUUGGAAAUGCGAGUGGUGCAGUACCACCGUUCGAAAUUUUAAAACUUGCAGAAAAAAAUUUAAAGUUGAUGAGACCUACGUUAUUUAAGUACAUUGAAACCGAAGAAGAGUUUAAAAAAUAUACUGCAGAGUUGUUUGCAGCAAUUAAAGAAGGAAAAUUGAAUAUCAAAAUUUGGAAGACAUAUAAAUUAAGCGAUGUGAGACAAGCCCAUUUGGAUUUAGAGGGAAGGAAGACGUCAGGAAAGUUGAUACUACAACUUUAA